AUGUCUGACGAAGAGUACAAUGGAUACUCAGAGUCGGAUGAACAGACUGGUACAACACGUCUGUAUGUUGAUGUUACUGCGAUUCCUCUUAACUUUACAGUUCUUUUAAAUCCAAAUACGCUUAGAAAUGUUGGAAUCCAGAACAACUCCAUUGUUUUAUUAUCAAACGGUGGAGAAAUCAAAGUUCCAGCUAUUGCCGUUGCAGAAAAUGGCUGUGAAAACAACAGAAUUGUUUUACCAAUUUCAAUUCAACAUUCGCUUUGUGUAGAAGAAAAUAAACAAGUUUCAAUUCAGCCAGCAUCAAAUAUUCCAGAUGCUACAAAAGUUCAGAUUACUGUUUAUGCUGAUACUGUUGACAGUAAGCUUCAAAAAACAGUUGGAGAUUAUUUCGGCGCACAAUUAUGUCCAGCAUCUACAAAGACAUUAUUCCGUUUAGAUGUUAACGGAAAAGGUAUUUAUUUCGAAGUUACUCAAAUUCAACCAGCUCCUUACGCUAAAAUUACUUCCAGAACAACUGUUGAGUGCUAUCAAUAUCAGAAGACCCAAAGCAUCUCACGUCCAUUCGAUCGCCACCUUAAUGACCUCGAUUUCCCAAGUUCUAUCAGAAAUCAAAUCAAUAAAUUCAUUUUAUCACCAAUCGAACGUCCAAACCUCCUCAAGAAGCUUGGAAUCGAAAAGUCAAAUGGCGUUAUCGUUAUCGGCAAGCAUAAUGCAGGCAAAACUUCUGUUCUUUCAGCAGUUAUUCACGCAUCUACAAUUCCAACAUUUUUCGUCGAUACAUCGCUACUUUUUACCAUCGAAAUACCAAAGGCCAUCCAAUACCUUCAGCAUAUCUUCGCAAAAGCUAUUCAAAACUCUCCAUCUGUUUUAGCUCUUGAUAAUAUCGAACUCCUUGCACGUGAUGUCUCUACAGUUAAGAAGAUGCAAGAGAAAAAGCUUCUUGCCAUCUUCAGAAACCUGUUUGAAAACGCUCUUGACAAAUCUUCUGUUUUAAUUGUCGGAACAACAAGCGAUUCAUCGAAACUCGACAAAGCAUUACGUAAAGUUGGAGGCUUUGCCUUCAGCAUUGACCUCAACUUACCAGAUUCAGAGAUUCGCGAACAAUUAUUCGCCAGAUACACUAAGGGAGCCAAGAUCACCAAGAAAGCAAUCGGAAUGGUCUCUGCCCAACCAUCGGAAGGUUUUACAGCGAUAGAAGUCGAAAACGCCUGCAGAUCUGCUUUCUUCAAAUUGGUCGAAGCUCCAGACACAUGGGAGACCGAUGAAAAGAUCCUUAGAGCAGUCAAGAGUGGCCAUUUACUUGUCAGGCACUUCCCAUUCGGCCUAGAAGACCCUCAAGAAGAACAAUCUCUUUCCAAGCCGCAAAUCAAGCGUUUUAAUGAUGAUGACGCUUUCGGAAAGCAGCAACAACAGCAACAGCAGCAGCAACACUCCAGCCACGGCUUCACUGUCGAAGAAACAGCGAAGAAAGAUGACUUGGACAAUGCUUUUUCUGUUGGAAACACAGGAGAUUUCAACGAUCCAUUCGCAAAGGCCAAACCAACAUCCACAUUCACUGUCACUGUCAAUGCAUCUCCGAAAUCAUCCACAGACGCAUUUGCUGCUCCACAACAACAAAAGUCAGCUGAUUUCGGAUUUGGCUUUGAUUCACAACCUCCGAAAUCUGAACCAUUUACAGAUCCAUUUGCUUCUCAACCACAACAGAAGAAAGAAGAAGCUCCAGCACAAUCAGAUCCAUUUGGUGCUCCUGUUCCUAAAUCUCAGAAUACUCCUGAUUUCUCAUUUGGAUUCGAUGUUUCUCCACAACAAAAACAACCAAAGGGAGAUUUCGAUCCAUUUUCUCCACAACAGCAACCAAAGAAACAGCCAUCAACAGAUCCAUUUGCUGCUCCACAACAACAGAAACAAUCCGAUUUCGAACCAUUCAAUCCACAGCAGCAGAAACAGGAACAGCCAAAGGGAGAUUUCGAUCCAUUUGGAGCUCCACAACAACAGAAAGCUCCUCAAUCUCAGCCGGAUCUAUUUGCUCCACAACAACAGAAACAACCAGAACAAAAAGGAGAUUUCGAUCCAUUUGGUGCUCCACAACAAAAGGCUCCACAAUCACAACCAGAUCCAUUUGCUCAGCCACAACAACAACAGAAACAGCCAUCAAGAAAUGGUUCACAAGAUCCAUUUGCUGCUCCACCUAAACAAGCAUUUGAUGAUCCAUUUGGACAGAAACCACAUCAACAAGCAAAUCCAUUUGGAGUUCCUCCAAGUGCUCAGCAACAGCAAGAUCCAUUUGUUUCACAACCACAGCAACAACUUCAACAGGAUCCAUUUGGUGCUCCAUCAAAUGCUUCUCAACAACAGCCACAGCAACAAGAUCCAUUUGCUGCAAGCAGUCCAUUUGGUGCUCCUUCAAAUGCUGCUCCACAACAGCCACAACAGGAUCCAUUCGCUGCUCAGCCACAGCCACAACAACAGCCUCAGCAAGAUCCAUUUGCUGCAAGCAGUCCAUUUGGUGCUCCACAGGCACAUUUGCAGGCAAAGACAAACGAUCCAUUCAGCCAGCAACAGCAGACAUCGGAUAUGUACAAGUCAGACCCAUUUGGAGGAAAGCCGACACCUCCAGAUCCAAUGCAACAGGCAAGAAAUCCUGGCUUCAACUCAGAUCCAUUUGGACAAACAGGAGAACAAGCUCCAUUCGAAGAUCCAUAUCCUAAAGGUCCUGAAAUGCAACAACAGCAGCAACAAUCACAGCCAGAACCACAGCCACAAGAAGACGAAUUCGAUCCAAAUGCAACUGGAUUCGACAUGUUCAGAAGAAGACCAACUGGUUCUGCAAAUGCUUUCGCUGCACCAAAGAACGAUGAUCCAUUUGGCGCUUCAUCACAACAACAGGGAGAUAUUAAAGAUCCAUUUGCUGGACCAGAUCCAUUCGCUCAGCCACAGCAGGCAUUCAACGCUGGCGGACAAGAUCCAUUUGCUCAACAGCCUCAGCCACAACAGCAACCACCUCAAAACGAUCCAUUUGCUGCUUCCGCUCCUCAGCAACCACCACAACAGCAACAGCAACCUCCUCAACAACAGGAUCCAUUUGGUGCUCCACAACAACAACCUCAACAGCCACAGCAGCCAAUGCAACAAGAUCCAUUUGCUCAACCUCAACAACCACCUCAACAACAACAAGCUCCACCUGCAAAGGCUCCAUCUCGUGGUAGAUUUGCAGACUUAGAUUUCGGAGAUCCAUUUGGAGGCGCAAAGUCAAAACCAGCUCCAGCAUCUGCUGCUCCUCCAAAGCCAGCACCACAACCUGCUCCUGCUCCAGUGCCACAACCAGCUCCUCAACCAGCUGCUCCUCAACAGCAACAGAAUCCAUUUGGAGCUCCUCAGCCAGCUCCAGCACCACAGCAACAGCCACAACAACAAAAUGCAUUUGGAGCUCCAGCUAAUGCUGUUCCUCCAAAGCAACAAGAUCCAUUUGGAGCUCCAGCACCAGCUGCAUCUGCUCCAUUCGGUGCUCCUGCAAACGAUCCAUUUGCUGCAAGCAGUCCAUUUGGUGCUCCAACUAAUGCUGCUCCACAGCAACCACAGCAACAAGAUCCAUUUGCACAGCCACAAAAACAACAACCUCAGCAACCACCACAACAAGAUCCAUUUGGCGCUCCUCAGCCACAGCAACAGAAUCCAUUUGGCGCUGCUCCACAACAACCACAGCAGCAACAAGAUCCAUUCGCUCAACCACAACAACCUCAGCAACAACAGCCACAACAAAACGAUCCAUUUGGUGGAGCUCCUCAACCAAAGCAGCCACCGAAGACAGUGGAUCCAUUCGGAGGUGCAUCAAGAAGUUCUGCAUUCGACAUGUUCCGUAGCGCUGCAGAACCAACACCUUCUUCAGCUCCACAGCAAGAUCCAUUUGGUUCUCCACAGCCGCAACAACAACCUCCUCAAAACGAUCCAUUCGGUGCUCCACAACAGGGAGGAUUCGGAGCUCAACCAGCUCCUCAACAACAGGAUCCAUUUGCUGCACAGAAUACAUUUGGAUCUCCUCAACCACAGCCACAACAGCAGAACUUUGGAGAUCCAUUCGGUGCUCCACAACAACAGCCAAAGCCACAACCACAACAACAGAACUUUGGAGAUCCAUUCGGUGCUCCACAACAACAACCAAAGCCACAGCCACAACAGCAGAACUUUGGAGAUCCAUUCGGUGCUCCACAACCUAAACCAGCUCAAUUAACUCCAUUUGGCGCUCCUCAGCCACAACAAGGAGGUUUUGGUGGAUUUGGUCAGCAACAACCACAACAACAACCAAAGCCUCAGCAACAGAACUUCGGAGAUCCAUUUGGAGCUCCACAACAACAGCCAAAACCACAACCACAACAACAGAACUUUGGAGAUCCAUUCGGUGCUCCACAACAACAACCAAAGCCUCAGCAACAACAGAACUUUGGAGAUCCAUUUGGAGCUCCUCAGCAGCCAAAACCAGCCCAGUCCUCUCCAUUCGGUGCUCCACAACCACAGCAACAAGGUGGAUUCGGAGGCGGAUUUGGCCAGCAACAACAGCCACAGCAGCAGAACUUUGGAGAUCCAUUUGGCGGACCAUCUCCUAACUCUGCUCGUGGAAUGUUUGGCGGAUCUCCACAACCACAGCAACAGCAAGGAUUUGGUGCUCCUCAACAGCAGCAGAACGAUCCAUUUGGCAGUCCACAACAGAAUGCAUUUGGUGGACCGCAACAAGGCGGAUUUGGCCAGCAACAACAAGGUGGAUUCGGAGCUCCACAACAAGAUCCAUUUGCUACUUCAGCUCCUAUGUAUGGAAACCAGGGAUUUGGCGGUCCACAGCAAGGAUUUGGUGGACAGCAACAGGGAGGAUUCGGUGCUCCUCAGCAAGGCGGAUUUGGAGCUCCACAGCAGGAUCCAUUUGCUACUUCCGCUUCGAUGUACGGAAACCAGGGAUAUGGUGGAAGAAAUCCAUAUGGAAAUAGACCUCAAAAUGGAGGACUUUACGGCCAGUCACAGGGAUUUGGAUCUCCACAGCGAGGAUUUGGUGCUCGCCCACAGCAACAACAGCAGCAGCAACAACCACAACAACAAAAGAAAGACGAAUUUGCUAGUUUCAAUCCUUUCUAA